AUGGCUAGGGCAUCCUCUUCCCGCCUUCUUCUGUGUCUCUCCCCCCUCUCCCCUCCUCUGGCGUUGCCGGAGGACAUUCUUCCCUCCGUUCAUAUGGAGGCUGGCCUCCUCUCUUCGGACUUUCCACCGCUCUCUCAGUCUCCAAGUGGAAAAGCUAAGUUUACUCCUAAAAAUUGGAAUCUGGUUUUUGCUCCCGAAACUUCUGCUCCUAAAGCCCUCAAUCUCUCCCACUUCCCUGAUGAACCUGAGAUUGUCCCUUUCUCUAACGAUAGCCUUUCUAAAGGGGGCGAAGACUGGAGUUUGUGCCUUGUGGGCUACUCCAUUGGUCGGAGACCGUUUUAUGAAGCACUUCAGGGGGCGAUCAAGAAAACGUGGAGCCUCAAAGGAUCGGUACAACUAUUAUCUCUUAACGAUGGAUUCUUUCUUAUUAGUUUCUCAUGUACUGAAGACUAUGAUAUGGUUUGGUCGUGGGGAGUCUGGUUCCUGCUUGGAAGACCUUUUAUCCUCCAAAAAUGGCACCCAAAAUUUAAGCCAAUUAGGGAUAAUUUUGCUUCCGUUCCGAUUUGGGUCAAAAUACACGACCUCCCUCUUGCAUGUUGGAAUUUGGAGGGGAUUUCCAGGAUUGCAAGCAAAAUCAGUAUACCUCUAGCUGCUGAUAAUCUGAAUGAGCAAAAGACGAGGUUGACUUUUGCUAGGAUUUGCGUUCUGGUGGAUUGUAACGCUACCUAUCAGGAAAAAAUCAAAGUUUCCUUGGAUGGAGAUGUUGUUUGCUUGAAGGUCCAAUACGAAUGGAGACCCAUCCCGUGUGAUCACUGUAAGUCGCUUAUGCACUAUUCUUCUCUCUGCCCUUCUAAACCGAAAGUUCAUGGAGACGAUGAGACGGCAGCAGUUAAUACACAACAUCAUGGGCGGAGCUUUAGUAGGAAACCUAAAAACAGAUAUCCUUCCUCUAAAAUUUUUUCGAGGCCACCUAUUAGAGAAUCUCAGCAACCUCACCCUCCUUCUCUCCCUCCCUCUACCACUGCCUUGGUGUCUCAUAACAACAACAGCAUUGGUCAACCUCUCCUUUAUCAACCUCAUUCUCCUUCUCCUUUUAAUGUCCAAGAGCCUAUCUCAAACAUUGUGGUCUCAGUCGAAAAUCUUAUUUCCAAUCCCUCUGCCAAUGUUCUCAAUAACACAGUCAUUCCGAAUUUAAACUCACCUAAUGGGGAGGAGGUGGCCUCCACAUCUUCCUGUUCGUUGCAUAUACAAGGAUCACAAAAAGUUAUGGAGUUGAAGAUUAAUUCCCCCAACAAGUUUGAAGUGUUAAAUGUGGAGGAGGAAGAAUCAUCUUUUCAGGAGGAGGCUUGCAAUGAUCUUGAUGUCCGAGAUAACUGGAUUCCAAAACAAAAACAAAAUGACAAAUCAAAACUGAACAAUUCUGUGGCGUCCAAAAAAACUACUAUGGGAAAGCAGGUCAAAAAAUCCCAUACUUUAAAAUCCUAA